UCCUCAACAUUGCCAACUAGGCCUUAACUAUCCCUUACUCCUAAUAAUAAUAUCUCAGCAAUAAAAAAAAAAAAAACGAAAAACCGUUCACUUUUGUAACGCCGCCGGCUACUUAACGGAGAGUUCUAAAAUGAGGGAAGUGAAGGACCCAGAGAUUAAGUUAUUUGGCAAGAAGAUUGCCUUGCCUGAGAACGCGAAAAUAUUACCGGUAUUUUUUUCCGGCGAAGAUUCCGGUGUCGGAGAAUAUGUGAGUGUUACUGCUAAUAAAGAAAGUAGUAUCGGGUCGGGUCGUGAUCCAUGUUUAGUGGAUAAGGAUGGAAGUAGUGUUGAUGAAUCAGACGAUGGAAGUGAAUAUGAAAAGGAAGAGGCUCAUAAGGAUCAAAUGACGAGAGAGCUCAGUGAAGCCAAAUUAGAGGAGAAAGACCAAAAUCAAAUGAUGGAGGAAUUGGAAAAUCCCAAGUCUCUAUCGAACUCAGAAAACAAGUCUAAAUCUCCUAGUAAUGAUGAUGACUCUACCACAGUAAAAUCUUCCAAGACUGAGGAUGAUCAGAAUGAUGCAAAGCAGAAAACUCUGAAGAAGCCAGACAAGAUUCUCCCAUGCCCUCGUUGCAAUAGUAUGGAUACGAAAUUCUGUUACUACAAUAAUUACAAUGUCAAUCAGCCUCGUCAUUUCUGCAAGAGCUGCCAGAGAUAUUGGACUGCUGGGGGUACCAUGAGGAAUGUGCCUGUGGGAGCUGGUCGCCGCAAGAAUAAGAACAAUGCGUCGCAUUGUCGUCACAUCAUGAUUUCUGAAGCCCUUGAAGCUGCAAGAAUUGAUCCUCCGAACGGAUUUCAUCAUUCAGCGUUCAAACCCAAUGGCACUGUCCUAUCUUUUGGUCCUGAUUCGCCACUGUGUGACUCUAUGGCCUCUGUUUUGAAUCUUGCUGACAAUAAGACACCAAAUGGGAUCCGAAAUGGUUUUUACAGACCAGAACACAAGAAUCCGUCUUGCAUAGGUGGAGAAAAUGGGGAUGACUGCUCUAGUGGAUCUACAGUCACCACUUCAAAUUCAAUGGCGGAAGGAGUUAAAAAUCGACCUCCUGAGGCAGUUAUGCAAACUAUAAACGGCUUUCCAUCUCCUGUUCCUUGCCUCCCCGGAGUACCUUGGCCUUUACCAUAUGCUGCUGUUCCUUUCCCUGCCAUUAGCCCCACUGGAUAUCCUAUGCCGUUCUGCCCUCCACCUUAUUGGAAUUGCAAUAUGCCUGGUCCAUGGAGUCUUCCUUGGUUAACUCCACCUUCGCCAACAGCAAACCAAAACAGAUCAGGCUCUGCUCCUACUUCACCUUUAGGGAAGCAUUCAAGAGACGGUGAAUUAAUUAAGCCAAACAAUCCCGAGGGUCAAAAGAACUCAGAGGGGUCUGUUUUAGUACCAAAAACGUUACGGAUUGAUGAUCCUGAUGAAGCUGCAAAGAGUUCUAUAUGGUCAACACUGGGGAUCAAGUACGACUCUGUUAGCAGGGGAGGGCUUUUCAAGGCGUUGCAACCGAAAAGCAGUGAGAAGGAUCACCCUGCCAAUACGUCCCCAGCUUUGCAGGCUAACCCUGCAGCCUGUUCUAGGUCCCUCAGCUUCCAGGAGAGAGUCUAAAGUGAGCAAUUGUCUCCUUCAGCUCUGGGGUACAUAGUUGUUAACCAACUUACCUUCCGGAAGAUGGUUUGGUGGUCUUCCAGCCUGAUGAAUAUUCCAUUACGCGUAAUUACAGCAUUCAAUUAUGCUUAAUUUCAGCGGCGAUGUAUGUACCAGGGCUGAGAAUCUUAAGAUUCCUCAAGUACUCCAACUAAAACUGGGAAGCUAUAUUGUUCAAAGCAGUGUUUAUCCUUCCCUUGUAACAUAUUUUUGCUUGGUCAGUGUGUUUUUUCCUUGUACAUAAACUGUAUACAACUGACAGUAGAAAGUGGGAAGAGAGAAACGUUUAGAUGUAUAUCAUGUACCCGCCAAAGUUUAGUCCGGAAGGCGGUGUUUUUUCCAUUUUUCCGGGUGGUUUGAAUAAUAGUUGAGCCUUCUUUUCAGA